AUGCAUCUUGAGAAUUUCGAAGGCUUUGUUGGACGUGAAGCAGGGAAAAUCUUUUUCCAUUUGAAAACCAAAAACGCUGGCUUUUGCGAAACGAUCAUCGCCAGAUCGCACAAAUCCCUUGAUGGCAUCGACGAGAUUGAACUCCGCCUAAUGGAAUCGGCCACGACAGAUUAUGAGAAUUUAACAGCCAUCACGAAACGCAGAUAUAAAAGCUUGAGCUCAAUUCUCCGUCGCCCAUCCCACGUUCAUUUUUUACCACGCUUCUUUGAAUUGCUGGGCAUGGCUGACGCCGCACAGUUUUCGCAGAUCGUUCUCAACGAUACCUUGGGUGCAGCUUUUAUCGGAGUUGUGGUCUCUGGAUGGUGA